AUGGAUAAAACUCCAAUUUAUUGGAGAAAAAGAACAUUGUUGGAGAGACAUAAGUCACAAGGGGGCCUCAGUUUCAGGAACAUUUCUCACGCGAACAAAGCUCUCUUGUUCAAUCAGGCCUGGCGUAUUCAUAAGAACAAGGAUUCUCUCAUCCACCAGCUUUAUGUUGCUAAAUAUAAGAAAGACCCCAUCCAACUAGCCAUUGACAACGAGGGACCAAAGAACUGCUCCUAUGCUUUCAGAAGCCUUCUAGGGGCCUGUAGGAGCUUAAAGGAUGGGUUAUACAAAAAAUUGGGAAAUGGGAAGUCGAUUAGAUUAGCGACGGAUAAUUGGCACCCAUCUAAGAAGUUUGUGCCGUGUGAAGUUCAAAACCAAAAUUCCGACUCCGGGCCUAUAUGGGUUUCAGACCUGAUGGAUCAAAACAAAUCGUGGAAGCCAUCAAUCAUUUGGAAUCAGUAUUCCAAGGAAGAUGCAAAAGAGAUUUUUGCCAUCCACAUCCCUAAAGCCGGCAUGGAAGAUGAGAUAGGGUGGAGUCACACAAAAUCGGGGAAUUACACGGUCAAGUCAGGUUAUUGGCUACUAAACGGAGAAAAUCAACAACAGCUCUCUAAAGAGUCCAACUGGAAGCAGUUCUGGAAGGCUGAUUAUUUUCCGAAGUGGAAACUCUUUUUAUGGAAAAUUUUCAACAACGCUCUACCAACGGCAGACAAUCUCUUAAAAAGAAACAUAACUGGUGUUAAUCCAAUCUGUUGUCUUUGCAAGAUUCAUGAUGAAACUUUAGCUCAUAUGCUUCGAGACUGCCAAAUCACCCAAAGGAUAUGGAGCGGCGACCUUGGUAUAGUUGUGGGAAAUGGGAAGCAUAUAAAGAUUCACGAGUGGAUUAAGAAUUUCCUCAACCUUUUUAAGAAAAGAAGGAAGGAGGAGUGUCUUAUCUUGGAGGUUGAUUUCAUAUCGACUUUAUGGGCGAUUUGGGUACAUCGAAAUGAAGUCAUUUUCAGAGGGAUUAAUCCAAAUCCUGAACGAAUUAUGAUGAUUCGGAAAGAUCAUUCCGUCAGGUUCUAUGUCUUGAAAGAGAGGCAGCAUCGGCAUCCAGCCAAUUCAUCGCAAGAAGCUCGCGAUGACCACAGUAAGCAGGAAAUUCUAGAAUGGACAAUACGAAACAAAGAUACUCCCAAUGUGCAAAUCCUGGUAGUCGACGGAGCUUGGAAGAGGAACGACAAAGAUAAUCAGUGGCGCGCAGCAAUAGCUUGGAAGAAUGUGAAUAACGAACCAAACGAAGAAGCUGCGUUGAGGAUAUUUGCAAACUCAGCCGAGCAAGCAGAAGCGUACGCUAUUCUAAAGGCUCUAACAGACAUGGAAUGGAGAACCCCUGGUGUUAUAAUCAAGACGGAUAAUGCGGAAGUGAUUAAGGCCUUGCAAAACAACAAAUGUCAUAAUAAGAAUAUAGAUAAUAUCAUCAAAGACAUCAAACGAUUAGCGAAUAGCUUCAAUUUUAUCUCGUGCAUUAAGGUAGGUAGGGAAGAGGUUAAGUUAGCACAUGAACUUGCUACUCAAGCAAGAAAAGGCUAA